UUCAAUUCAGAUACAUCAAACCAUAACGAUCGUUUCCUCUCCUCUUUCUCUCAGUUCUCAUCUAUUUCCCUACUCCAUAUUUUACUUAUUUAUAGAUUAAUAUCACAAGAGUACUAGUUCUAACUCAAACUUCUUCUUCUUUUGAUUAUGUUCACAAGUAGUUUGUAUUUUCUUUUGCUAACUUGAAGCCUGAAGCUAAUGAUGUGUUUCAACUGAUUUAUUCACAAAAUAAUAUGGAGGGACCUUCGUUGCACAUCGUAAUGUUCCCUUGGUUUGCUUUCGGCCACAUAACCCCAUUCCUCACCCUCUCCAACAAACUAGCAGAAAAAGGCCACAGAAUCUCCUUCUUCAUCCCCACCAAAAGUCAACUCAAGAUAGAUCAUUUGAAUCACUUCCAAGAUCUCAUCAAGUUCUUCUCGAUCACCGUUCCACAUGUCGACGGCCUCCCUGCUGGAGCCGAGACCACUAAUGACGUGCCUUCUCCCUUGUUCCCACUCGUCAUGACUGCCAUGGAUAGAACAGAACCCCAAGUUGAACUUCUCCUACAAAACCUCAAACCUGACUUUGUCAUCUUCGAUUUUGUUCAUUGGAUUCCCAAGUUGGCGCUUCCUUUAGGAAUCAAAACAUUGACUUUCAUGACAGCCGGUCCUAUGUUUAUAGCUUACUGCUUGUCACCAGCAAGACAAAGACAAUUGGAUAAUCUUGGAAGACAAUUGUCUGAGGCUGACGCUAUGCAACCCCCACCUGGCUUCCCAUAUUCAUCGUUCAAGCUCCAUCUCUAUGAAGCAAGAGGCUUCCUUAAGUUUAGGAAUAUGAAGUUCGGCAGUGAUAUUCUCUUUGCAGAGCGUUUGUUCACUAGCUUGACUGAGUGUGAUGCCAUAGCAAUCAAGACAUGUAGAGAAAUUGAUGGACCAUGUAUAGACUACCUUGAAAGACAGUUUAAAAAACCCUUCCUGAUUUCAGGACCGCUUACACCAUACUUUAACACCAGCACUAUAAACGAAAAAUGGGCCGAUUGGAUAGGCGGGUUUGAACCCGGCUCAGUAGUCUACUGUGCUUUAGGAAGUGAGGCUAUCUUGAGCAAAGAUCAAUUCCACGAACUGUUGUUGGCUUUGGAGCUUUCUCACAUGCCAUUUUUAGCAGCACUGAGGCUGCCUUCUGGGAUCGAGUCCUCGUCCAUUGAAGACGCAUUACCAGAUGGGUUUCAAGAGAGAGUUGGAGGAAGAGGACUGGUUCAUGAGGGGUGGAUUCAACAGCCACAAAUAUUGCAGCACUCAUCUGUUGGGUGCUUCGUUACGCAUUGCGGGUGGGGUUCUUUGAUGGAGGGACUGGCCAGUAAAUGCGAACUUGUACUGAUGCCUCAUGUUGGUGAUCAGGUUUAUAGCUCUAGGUUCAUGGGAAACAGUUUAAAGGUUGGAAUUGAAGUUGAGAGAGGUGAAGAAGAUGAUUUGUUUACCAGAGAGAGUGUAUGCAAAGCAAUCAAGAUAGUGAUGGAGAAAAACAAUGAAGUGGGGAGAGAAAUAAGGGCCAAUCGUGCCAAGUUAAGGGAGCUACUUCUCGGAAAAGAUGUGGAGUCUUCUUAUUAUGACAAUUUCAGUCAGAAGCUUCAAAGUUUAUCGCUGAAUUAA